GGCAGCAAUAAACAGGAGGAAAAUCUGCAGCGGAAAAAAUAGAGGAGAGGAGGAAAAAGCUGCAGAUGUUAUGAUCUGAAACAUUAGUGUAACAUUUUUACACGAAGCCCUUCUUCUAAGAAGAAAGCCUUUUAUUUUUAUAUCAUGGUGUUUUAACUACCUCACUUAAAGGCUAUCUAAAGCUAUGCUUUAAGAAUUGUUGUCGUUUCUACUGUGUGUGAUCGCGUUUACAACUUCAAUAAUAUUGCAAAGGCAGGCCUUUGCUCCAAACCAAGUGAAACCUUACAUUUGCACUAUAAAAGCCCAUUCACUCCUGUUUGUCAAAACCGAGAUCCAGCAAAGGGCUUCAAGUGAAAAAAAGAGACUCCAAAAAUCAGACAAAGAAUUGCAUAAAACAGCAACAAGCGAUACCUAAACACACAUUUUUUUUUUUUUAUUCAACGGCAGCUAAAGCUUCUUUUUUUUUUGCUAACGACAAAAAACACCCCAGUUUUCGACACUUGACAAUACAAGAAGUCAUGUUUCAACGUCUGAGCAACUUGCUGUUUGGGGAAGUAGAAGAGGUGGCAGCUGAGCUGAAGGGACCCAACCCCUGUGUGACGGAGGCGGAUGAGGAGGGAUGGAUGCUCGUCAACUUGCCUGAAGAAUCUGACUGCAUGGCUGAGGAUGAGACAGGAGCCCCACUUAUUGCACAUUCAAUCCCAGACAUUAACCAAUCAGAUCAUCAAGACACACUUAAACGGACUGAAUGCCCGGCUCAAAUUCCCCACCCACCUCACAAGCGCCAUAGGACUCAUAAAGGUCGGGCACGAGGUGCGGUAGCAUCAUCAGACCCCGCGUCUAGUCCCAGCGCUGACCCAUCAGACUUGGGUGCCACUACACCCGUGACCCUGCCGAGACGGGCCAGACUGUCCACGCCCUCCUCCACCCUGUCAAUGUCCCCUGGCUCUGGGAGUGAGUGUGGGGGCAGUGGGGGUAGCAGUAGGGCAGGCUCAGAGAGAGGCUGCAUGGAUGAGAGCUGGUUUGUCACCCCUCCCCCCUGUUUCACUGCAGAGGGAGCCACAGCAGAGGCGAGCCCGAUGGAGGAUCUGCUCAUCGAGCACCCCAGUAUGUCUGUGUACGUCUCCCCAAACAACCUGUCCAUGGUCUCCAACAGCAACCUUUCUGUGGUGGGAGAGGAAAGUAUCGUGAGCCUGGCAAGCAGCGUGAGCAGAGUGGCUGAACCAGCUGCGGCUCCUGCCACCCGCAGCACCAUGCCCACCAGGGUGACCCGUGGAGCAGCUGCCCAGGCUGGAGCUCUGGCCAAGGUUACCCAAGUGGCCAGGGUCCAGCGUAACAAAGCCCGCAUCGAGAGGCGCCAUCUGGGCCGCAACCGCAUCCAACGCCAAAACCGCACCAGGGAGCAGGUUCCUCGCCAUGCAGCCCUCGCCAGAAACACCUUCCUCCACCAGCCCAGCAAUCGUAACUUCUGCCACUAAACUCCGGAGCAACCAGGGGGCAUCGUUUACUCUGAGGGCAUUAGUAGUGCAUAGUCAACUCCAAGACACACACAAUUACAUGUAUUCACCCACAGCAUAUUUGCUUUCAUUUCUGCACAGUAUAUCAUAUUACACUCAGAAACCAGUAGCCUGAGCUUUUCUGUUUUGGUUUAGAUACAAACUGACUCCAUCUGGUAGUUUUAUGCCCCAUUUUGCUGUUAUGAACCAAGCCUCCACCCCUGAGUAGAUCUGAGUAGAACCUUAUCAUACUUAUUGUCCAUUGCAGUAUCCAAACAACAAAAAAAAUGUCUUCAAAAAUAUUUAUACAGGUUAGAUUUAGUAAAAAAAAAAAAAAAAGUCUGAAAAACAGCAAAAUGUUUAGCUCUGUUAAUUUUCUCUCCUGUAGUAGUAAAAUAUUCUCCUUUCUUUCACUCUUUCUCGAGGCAUGAUUUGUAUUAAUUCAACCAUUAAAUCCAUUAGAAUACUCCAAUACUGAAAAUAAUCAAAAUUUGAGAUAACAAUUUGAAAUUUAAAUAACAAAGUGGACUUUACUCUGAUUGUAGAAACAGACUUUUCUGGUGGAAGCCAUGCUAGGCAGAGACAUGUUAGCAUCUUUACAGAGAAAACAACUCAUCUCUCACAUGAUUUAUAUUAACUUUAUUUUUUUCAGAAAAGGUGGAAGGACAUACCGUGCGUGAUGACAGUGAAACAAAAACCACUAGACAUUGUUUCCCUCCAGUUUUGUUUGCACCGUCAAAAAAAAAACAACAAAAAAAACAAAAGACGAAGGCAACGAAAUGUGAGGCAACCUUUUUCAUCACAGGAAACAAACCCUGUCACUUUGUGAAGGAUAAGUGCAAGUAGAUGAUGGUGAGAGGAUGAGCAAAACAGACUAAAGAGUAAAAUAAAUGAUGAAUUAGUACUAGAUAGUAUUAAAAGAAAUAGGAUUAACAUGAAAUGCUAGUAGGAAAGUGUAAUGUAACCCUCUGAGCAGCCUGUGGGUGAGUUUUAAACAUCAAGCUUUAGUAAAGAGCAUUUAAACUAUGCACUUUUGCAUAUCUCAAAUAUUUUUCUCUGAAUGAUAAAUAAGAUAGCCUCUUUUGUGUUAACAUGAAUAGAGGUGUUACUGAUAUUAACAGUAAUAAUGAAUGUAGUUAAUGGAUACAGGGCUUGCUUUUGGGUUACAGGGUAUGACAGGAUAUAGUAAGUGUUGAGCGGUAUUGAUGGUAACUCUUUAUUUUGUUUUGUUAUAUUGUUUUCUGCUAUGCAUUAUGACAUUAUUUUACAGUCUUUCAGUCUGUAUGGUUCCACCACAGAAAGCCUGUUUUUGGUUGACAAAGAAAAGGUACAUUUGGCUUUCAAAACCAGUAAAGUAGAGAAUAUAAAUCACUCCCCGUUGAUCAUACCCAGCAUGAUGAUCAUUUAAUGUGUGGUCUGAAAACUGAAGAAAUGUGCCCAGCACACAUCAGCCAUCUACAGUGUGUGCUGCGAUCUUAUCCAUGUGAACACCAAAAAUAAAUUACGAUCUACAUGUCAGUCCCUUUCAUUAAAAAAAGUCACUGACUGCCAUGCAAGGCAACUGUUAGGAGAAAAUGGGGAAGUAAUGUCUCCUUAAAGUUUCAGCAACAAAGAUCUUCCCCCUUCAACACAUUCAAAAACUAUCAUCUUGCUUAUGGAUGUGCAACCAGUUGCUUUUUUUACUUUCUCAUGACAUCUACUCGAUCAGUCUCUUUCUUGUCAGCACUUCGAACUCUAACAGUGUUCACUUAAAGAUCUAGCUAACUGAUAUGUAUUCAACAACAAUAGUAAACAAUGGUGCUGAAGUGUAUACUAAUGUUUGUAAAUUAUUUGAGACAUGGAUGUAAGUUUGCACUGUCAUACAUUUUGUGAGUCCAAGUUUUAGCGGUGUGCUGUGUGCUUGUUUUUAUUUUUAUUUUGUGAUUUUUUUUUCUUUUUGUUUUGAUUUAAAUUGUGUGUGAGAAAGUGUACUGACACGUUAAAUGCUAGAAACUCUUAAAAAAAACACGAAUAAUAGUCAUGUAUUUCUCUUGUAAAUAAUUACAAAACAAUUUAUAACACUCUGUUAGAUGUCAAAGCCUCUCAGGACUUGAGUCCACAACGUUGUGUCCAAUGGGACUGAUGAGAAUCCUCUCUCUGCCUCACCUCUGUGCUCAUUAUUAAACCAAGAGGGCAUUUCAGUGGCCAAAAGUGGUGUCUUUGGCCCAACUUCACUCUGGUAUUACUGAGGUGAACCAUAAAAACAGCACUAGAAUCAGAGUUGAUGUGCCAUAGGCAAACACUGCCCUCCAGAGGGUCCACUUAGCACAGCACUUGCUGUAUGUAUACUGGUGAGGAUACAGUACAUUGACAUAGUUUUAAUACAAUCUAUACUGGUGUGUUCAAUGGACACAUUGAGAGUCUGGAGGUUAAUUUUUUUUUAAAAUGGAAAUGUGCUGUCUUUUUCAGAUAAUUCAGAUAAGUAACUUGAAUUAUCUUCCCUUGAAUCACUUACCAUAAUUGUUUAAUUUCUGCCAAUAAUCCUAUAAAUGACUUUGUUUUAUUCAUAUUAUCUGUUAAUUUAUGAAAUAAUUAUGAAUAUUAUCCCUUUUUUUUGUUUUAAGGAUGACUAUUAUGUAUUCUGUUGAUUCCUCUGAACAGUGCAGGGCCCUGAGGUGAUGAGUCUAAUAUGCACACACAGUCAUACACACAUAAACUCACUGUGAUCUUUAUUUCCAGGGGUAUCCUUACUGAUAUUGCCUCUGAGGUUGAUUUUCGUUUGCCUGUUGUAUAAACGUUCUGAAAGAGUGAAAACAGGGUAAUACUGAGAUCACAGGUGUUAAUGUGUGUGUGUACGUAAGUGUGCAUGCAAAAUGUAAAGCUCACCACAGAUAACUCCGGUCGCUGCAAACCUGUCCUGUUUUCCUUCAUUUUAUUUUCUUUCCUUUCUCACCAGUGUCACGAAAAAUGGAAAUGUGUUCUCAGUAUGUUGUGUGUGAUUAUUGAAAGGUGUGGUUUCAGAGUGGAAAUCAUCAAACGACGGGGAGAGGAAGUGGUCGGCCAAUGUGUUGCGCCCAUAUGACAUGAGGGAUGCGGACAGGGAAAGGAUGAGGCAGGAGACAGAUAGUUUAUAUUAAAAAAAAUGAUUAAAAUAAAUUUAAUGUAUCAUAAAAAAACAAUAGAAUAUGCUUGUAUUUUCCCAUUUAGUUAUUAGAACAGUCAUUCACUAAUAGGAUGUUUAAAUGAAAGCCGUUGAAUGUCCGGGGAGUUUCAAAUAUUUAUGUUGUGCCCUGAAAUUAUGGCAGCUUAAAAACACAUGGGGUUUCACCCAUGUUACGUCUCAAUUAGUACACCUCUCCCCCAAUAAAAAUGAAAUAUAUAACAUUUGGUGUAUCUGAUAUCUAUGGUGAUUGUGCCUUUCACUAUAUCUGCAUGGUUUUUGUGAUGUACUGAUUUUUCCAUCUCUCAAAGUGGACACUUGUCCACUGACAGGCAAGACCUAUGCAAAAAUCAACUGAUGGGUUUUCCAGCAUCCAUUCAGAGAACACAGGUACCCGCCAGAACAACAACAAUAAAUACUCAGGUUAA